AUGUGUGCGUUUGUUAACAGGGACGGCAGUUGCGGCGGCCAAGACAUCGGAGAUAUUCUAUUGCAUGAGAUGUCACACUCCUGGGCUCGAACCGAUGACAAUGGCUACGGCAUGGCAAACAUCCAGAGAAUUGACGCCGAUAGUAGUUUGAACAAUGCAGACAGCUACGCACGCUUUGCAAAGGCUGUCCACUUGCGUUGCAGCGUUCAGGCAAUGCUGGCCCCGGGAACAGGAGGCACUCCCGUCCUUGAUCCCAGGCCUGGUUCAAGCAAACCCAAGCCUGAUCCGGAGCUUGGUCCCAGCAACCCCGGGCCUAGUCCUUUUGAUCAGUUUGGUACACCCAAGCUUACUCCUGGACCUGCGCCUAGCAACCCCGAGCCUAGGCCCCUUGAUCAGUCUGGCAAUCCCGAGCUUAUUCCUGGGCCGGUUCCUGCUGAUGAGUUUGGCAAUCCCAAGCUUAUUCCUGGGCCGGUUCCUGCUGAUGAGUUUGGCAUUCCGAAGCUUAGCCCUGAGUUUGGUCCCAGCAAUCCCGAGGUUGUUCCUGUUGAUGAGCCUGGCAAUCCUAAGCCUGGUCCCGAGUUUAGUUCUAGUGAACCUGUGCUUGUUCCACUUGACGAGUCUAGCAAUCUUAUUAUCUCUUCCUUAUAG